CUUGUGUGAUGAAAAACCCAGAUCUAUAAUCUCUCCCUAUAUAUUCUGCAUGCAUUGAGGUGGCCUCCACACUCAGGGAUCUGGUACAGACUUGGAACCUGCUUCACACACCAACCACUAUUUGAAGGAAAUAAAGAAGCAAAUGAUACCAAGACAAGCUCAUAACAGAGAUCUAUUCACCAGAUGUGUAUGGACAAAAAUACAGUAAGAUGAGUCAGAAGACGGGAAAGGAGGGUCCCAGACUCUCCAAGAACCAGAGGUUCUCCGAGCACUUCAGCAUACACUGCUGCCCGCCGUUCACCUUCCUCAACUCCAAGCGGGAGAUUGUGGAUCGGAAAUACAGCCUGUGUAGGAGCGGCUGCUUCUACCAGAAGAAAGAGGAGGACUGGAUUUGCUGCGCCUGCCAGAAGACCAGAACCAGCCGCCGUGCAACGUCCCCUCAGAGGCCCAAGCUCCAGCCAGCUGUGCCCCCCGCGGUGGUCAGAGCACCAGCCAAGCCAAGGUCCCCUCCGAGGACUGAGCGUCCGCCACGUCCCCGCCCAGAAGUCCGACCACCACCAGCCAAGCAGCGCCCCCCUCAGAAGCCUAAGCAACAGCCGCGCAGCAGCCCCCUCAGAGGGCCAGGCGCCAGCCGUGGGGGGUCCCCCAGCAAAGCUUCUAGGUUCUGGUAACACCAUCUCUUCCCUUUUGUUCCCCCAGCCCUAAGGUUAGUAGCUGCUUCCUGUGUUUACUAAUAUCCAGAUUAUUUCAAUGGUCCUCUUUCAGCCUUACCAACUUGUGUAAUCAACUCCCUGCAUUAAAUCCCCUCUGGUUG